AGCAAGCAAGCAGCAAGCAGCAAAGCAACCAUGAGGAAUCCAGGAGGCGAUGAUAUGAGCAGCAUGACCAAGGCCACUGUGUCUUCGGGUGGUGUCGGUAAUAGUCGCACGCAGCAUAAGACCAAACAGGAAUGGAUUUUCCCCGUGCUGGCGGUGAUCCUCAGUGCGGUUGUCGUGGCAGUUAUCGUUGGUGCAACCAUGAACAUCGAUUCAGGUAAUGUGGGCACUGUGGAAGGAUCAGCAGGGGAAGAAAUGGCACUUUCGACCACAGAGGCGCCUUCAGUCUUUGUUUCAGUCCUGCAACAAACUCCUGAAGCCCUGCAGUGA